AAUCCCCUUUUCUCAGCUGCACUGGAAAGUCAAAGCUACAGGAGAACUAUCCAGCGCUCGGCCUUUGUUGCGAGCGGGUCUUUGUCCCUGGAGGUGUGCUGUUGUGUGUCGCAGUGUGUACUGUAUGUGUACCUGUACAUGUGGCCGGUAUAAAUAGCCUUGGAUGUUGGCCGGCCGGUGAUUCUGUGGAAGACGAUGGCUGUACCAGGACCUCCUCCUCUAGCGAAUAGUGCUAGUACAGUACUGUCUCUGUUGCUGCUGCUGAAUGAGGCGUCGCUGCCUGCAGCUGCAUACACUCUGACACCUGGACGGCAGCAGCCGCAGCAGCACAAAGUCCUCCACCUGGACUGGCCCAAGGACUGUGGGAUGGCCCACUUCAAGCCCAACAUGGCCGAGAGGAUUGUUUCUGGAAAUGAGGCCAGACCUCACUCUUGGCCCUGGCAGGUGUCUCUGCAGGUUCGUCCUCGGGGAAGCAAACAUUACAUUCACGUCUGUGGAGGAACUCUGAUCCACAAGAACUGGGUCCUUACUGCAGCUCACUGCUUCCAGAAGGGAAAAGCCGAGGAUGCUGGGAGCUGGAGGAUCGUCCUGGGGAAACACCAGCUGAAGCGUUCGGAGACGGCGGAGAGGAUUUUCCCGGUGAAGAGGAUCUACAGACAUGAGAACUUCCGCUAUCCGACUCACAGCGAGCUGGACUACGACAUCGCCCUGGUGAAGGCCGCCACAGACAUCAUCCCUUCAAACUUCAUCCGCUACGCCUGCCUGCCGCGCAAGCAGACCAGUCUGAAACCGGGACACUACUGCUGGGUGACGGGCUGGGGAGACACCCGGGGUGGGAAGGAGAACGUGUCCCUGGCAGAAGCUCUGAAUCAAGCCCGUCUGCCCAUCAUUGACUUCAAAACCUGCCGGCAGAAGAAGUUCUGGGGCGACCGGGUCCGAGACUCUAUGAUCUGUGCCGGGUUCAGAGACACCGAGGACCCGCCUGCAGCAUGCCAGGGUGACUCUGGUGGUCCUCUGCUGUGCCAGCUGGGUCGGGACCGCUGGGAGGUGCAUGGUGUGGUGAGCUUCGGCCCCAUCGGCUGCACCGUGGAGAACAAACCCAGUGUUUUCACCCGCACCGCCGCCUACAUUCCCUGGAUCGAGGCGACACGCAUCAGGGACUUCUUCCUGCAUUAAACCUCAGAGAAUAAGCUCUGCUUUGUUAAACAGUUUGAAAGUCUCUCAGCUACAGCUGGUUCCUGUUCUACAGACAUCUUCACCACUUCAUACAUGUUCUGAAUGUGCAAC